AAUGAUCUCUUGCAAUAAAUGAAAAAGAAAGGUACCCAUGUGAGAAAAUCCCACAUUCCUACUUGUCUUAUUUUCUCUUUUGAUCCAGAAACUUAUGCCAAAUUGGAAGAUUAGUCUUUAGUCUUUCUUGUCUUGUUUUUCUUACAUUCACUACCUAUGGAUGUUUAGCUACUCUUUCUCUUCCUUUACUUAUGACAAAACACCAAGAAAGUUUUGAACUUUAUAUUUUGUGGGCCUUUGUUUUACUCUUUUCUAGUCCUAAAUCAUGAUUGUGAAAUUUCCUCCAUUUUAGGAUACCUCAAUUUCCAUUUAUCAACCCAAAUUCUUGAUUUUUGUUCAGAAGUCUUGGUUCUUUUAGCGAUGAGAAACUUGGGUUUUCUCAAAUCCCCACUAUUUUUGUUCUUUUAUCUUGCAUUUUACCAAUCUUGCAUUGCUAGUAUUCAAAAAAUCAGUACUUUACCAAUAGGGUUCCAAGCCUCUCAAAUGAGUUUCAUUGAUAAUAAUGGGUAUUUUCUCCUUUCAAAAGAUUCCACCUUUUCAUUAGGGUUUAAACCCACUGAUCAUGAUGUUACCCUUUUCAUGUUAGUAAUCUUCCACCAACCAAGCUCCACUGUUAUAUGGACUGCAAAUAGAGCCAACCCAGUUAGAAAUUCAGACAAUUUUGUGUUUAAUAAUGAUGGGUUUGUGUCCCUUUUAAAUGAUGGGAAGGUUGUUUGGAAGGCAGAUACUAAUGGAAAGCCUGUUUCUGCCAUUGAAUUGCAGAAUUCUGGGAAUUUAGUGAUGUUUGGGAGUGAUAAUAAAACCAUUAUUUGGGAAAGUUUUAGGCACCCAACUGAUACCCUUCUUUCAAAUCAAGAUUUUGUAGAAGGGAUGCAGAUUUGGAGUAAUCCUGAUCCUAAAAAGGGUAAUUUGACAUAUAAACUUGAGAUCAUGUCUGGUCAUGUGAUUCUUUCUUCUGGGUAUGACACACCCCAAACUUAUUGGUCUUUAGAAAAGGACUCUAGGAAGAUACUUAACAAAAAUGGGGUUAUUAGUUUAGCUCGAAUCGAGUCGAAUUCGUGGAAGUUUUAUGAUGAGAAUAAGGUCUUAUUAUGGCAGUUUCUAUUGCCUUCUAAUGCCAAUGGUACCUAUAUUGCUGUCUUAGGAAAUGAUGGGUUUUUGGUUUUUUAUAGCAUUGGUGUAUCAAAAAUUGCAUCUCAAGUUAGGAUACCAGAAGAUCCAUGUGGGACUCCUGAGCCUUGUGAGGCCUAUAGUGAGUGUUCUUCGAGUAAUCGCUGUCAAUGUCCUCCUGGGUUAUCCUCGACUUCUUGUAAACCCGGUAUCUUUGAUCUAUGUGGGAAUCAAAGUGAGAGUCCUCCGUUAGUUAACCCUGGUGAUGGGCUAAGCUAUUUUGCUCUUGAGUUUGCUCAACCAUUCAAAAAAACCGAUUUGGAUGAUUGUAAGGACUUGUGUUCUAGUAAUUGUUCAUGUCUUGGCUUGUUCUUUGACAAUAGCUCGCGUAAUUGCUUUCUUUUCGAUAGGAUUGGGAGUUUUAUAUCCGAUCCUAGCUCAAAAUACUCCAUUUAUGUUAAGUUUUCGAUGGAUCAAGGUGUCGGAGAAGGCGAUAGUGAUAGCAAUAGUGAGCAUUUGCCUGUUGUGAUUGGUAUAGUUAUUGCAACUGUACUAGUAGUUGCUGGUAUGGUGUAUGGAGGGUACAAGUAUUAUAAGAAAAAGAAGGAAAUGCCAGGUUCUCCUCAUGAGACUUCGGAAGAGGAUAAUUUCCUCGAGUCGUUAUCAGGGAUGCCGGUUAGGUUUAGCUAUCAAUCACUUCAGGAUGCAACCAAUAACUUCAUGGUGAAACUCGGGCAAGGAGGAUUCGGGUCGGUUUACCAAGGAAAACUUCUAGAUGGGACUCCGCUUGCAGUGAAGAAACUCGAAGGGGUAGGUCAAGGGAAAAAGGAGUUUCGAGCUGAAGUUAGCAUCAUAGGCAGCAUUCAUCACAAUCAUUUGGUUCGACUUAAGGGGUUUUGCACGGAAGGGAGCCACCGGCUUUUAGCCUAUGAGUUCAUGGCUAAUGGGUCUUUAGACAAAUGGAUCUUUAAGAGAAAUAAGGAUGAUGAUUGUGUUUUGGAUUGGCCUACAAGGUUCAAUAUUGCUAUGGGAACUGCCAAAGGGCUAGCAUAUCUUCAUGAAGAUUGUGAAGUAAAGAUUGUUCAUUGUGACAUAAAACCCGAAAAUGUGUUGCUUGAUGAGCGGUUUGAGGCAAAAGUAUCAGAUUUCGGGUUAGCCAAGUUGAUGACAAGGGAGCAAAGCCAUGUUUUUACCACUCUUCGAGGCACUCGUGGGUAUCUAGCCCCUGAGUGGAUAACAAACUACGCGAUAUCAGAAAAGAGUGAUGUUUAUAGCUACGGAAUGGUGUUGCUUGAGAUCAUCGGAGGAAGGAAAAACUUCGAUCCGUCACUUUCCUCCGAGAAAUCCCAUUUCCCGGCUUAUGCAUUUAAGAUGAUGGAGGAAGGGAAGCUAAGUGAAAUCCUCGACUCGAGCCUAAAAUAUGACCCGAAUGUAGAGAGUGUCACAACCGCGAUUAAGGUUGCAUUAUGGUGCAUACAAGAAGACAUGUCAAUGAGGCCUCCUAUGACUAAAGUUGUGCAAAUGCUUGAAGGCAUAUGUUAUGUUCCGGAACCUCCUACAUCGUCCUUAACCGGAGCCAGGCUAUUUUCAAGCUUCUUCAAGUUAACGAGUAGCGAUGGUAGUCAAGGCACCGCGACUGGAAGCUCGUCUGGGCCAUCAGAAUGGAACAGUGAUGCCAAUAUGUCCGCUGUCCGGCUCUCAGGGCCAAGAUAGCUGAUGCAUAUACAAGAAUAGUUGAAGUUUAUACAGAAUUAUGUCUCAUAUGUACCUUGUUGUAUAUAAUUAGCUGAGAAACUCAAAUUUUUUGUGUUAUAUCUUGUAUGAAACAUUAGAGAAUGAAUAGAAUAGUGUGUUAUACUACAGAUUGAUGGAAUUUUGUUAUGAUUGAUGAACA